AUGAUCUGGAAAUAUCAGUUGCAGGCUACCUUGGCCUGCGUUGCCUUUAUCAGCACCCUCAGCUACGCCGUCUUACCAUUCUGGACAAGCUACCAACCCUCCAUACAAGCCCAAGAGCCCCUUGAAGGCCCUGGUUGCGACGGCUCGGGAAUAGUCGACCCAGAUGGUCGAUGUAAUGGUGACGGAGUUGUCGACAACCCUCCAGAUCCCAAAAGGGAAGGGUUUCGGUUCGAGAACCCUUCCACCGACUGCAAAUACGUGAGUCAGAUGUACAUAUACGAUGUGUUCAAAGUGCUCGAAAAGGACAUGGGCAAGCUCUUCACGUACGUCCACAAGGACGUCGACUUCCACGUCAUGGGCCACCACCCGGUUGCGGGCCAUUAUCACGACCUGCUCCAUUUUUAUGUCAAUGCGCUCCGAAGAGUCUCGGUAUGCUUCUCGGAGCAUGCGGAGAAGUUCGAAGUUCACCCACAGGCGAUUCAUGGUGGAUGCAAUAGCCGGUGGUCAGUCCAGGAAAUCCAGUUCAAAGGACUGCUCAAUACAGGUGACACCUUUGACGUGGUCAAUGUUUGGGUGACGCGAUGGCACGAGGGACAAAUGGUGGAGGCUAGGACAUAUAUCGAUCAAGGCUCAGUCACCGACGCCCUGAGAAGGAAUGAGCUGUGGACAAACGGGACCUCAUAUCGGGAUAAUCCGCAAUAUAUGCCUGGACCUGCUGGGAUGCCGGACUUGGAUGAGUUGAAAAAGCUGAUGCAUCGUCCCGAUGGGCGGCGGUAUGAUGACCUGUAG